GUGAGAGACUGACUUUCCUCCACCAUUUUCUCCUCUCACAGGGGGGAGAGAGAGAGAUUGAGAGAGAGAGAGAGAGAGAGAGAGGAAAGGAAAUGGAGAAGAUCAGCAGCCGAGCUGAAGCAGAACGCUCACUCGGCGUGGCCGAGAAGCUUCUCACGGCCAGAGAUCUCAUCGGCAGUAAGAACUUCGCCCUACGGGCACACCAGUCCGACCCCACCCUCAACGGCGCAGAUCAGAUCCUCGCCAUCAUCGACGUUCUCCUCGCCUCCCAGAAGCGCAUAAACAACCACAUGGACUGGUACGCCAUCCUCCAACUCGAUCCCCAUUCUGUUCCUGACCUCGCGGAUGCCAUGAAAACGCAAUACCACAAGCUCAUCCGCCUCUUACAUCCUGACAAGAACCGAUCUAUCGGCGCUGACAACGCCUUCAAGCUCGUUGUCGAUGCUUGGGCCGUCCUGUCGGACCCUGCCAGACGGGCCCUCUACGAUAAGGAGCUGAACAUUGCGUCGAAUUCGACCUCCAGUGGUUUGAAGAAUUCAAGGCGGUACCAAACACGAAAGGCUUCUGCACAAGACCCAGAUGCUAGAUUCUGGACCUCGUGCCCGUACUGUUGUAAUCUCUAUGAAUAUGCAAAGGAGUACGAGAACUGUAGGCUCCGAUGUCAGAAAUGCCAACGUGGGUUCCAUGCGGAGCCAAUUCCGAAACUUCCGCCCAUCGUGCCUGGAAUGGAAGCCUAUUACUGUUCUUGGGGUUUCUUCCCUUUGGGCAUUUGGGGCCCCAAUUCAAGCUUAGGGUUUGAAGGAUUCCCUUCUUUUAUGCCUAAUUUGGGAAGCGGGCAGAACAUGGGUUUUCCUUCUUGGAAGCCUUUCUUUCCAAUGUUCCCCGGUGGAUCUCAGCUGGGGGAAAUGUGGAAUGCGACUGCAGCAAAUAAGACGGCGGGCCCACAAGGGGGUUCAUUGAACAAUCCAGAUUGGAUUGAGGAAUCAGCUGGGGAGAGUAGGAAGAAGACGAGGAAUGUACCGCCCCCAAAGGUGAAUAUGGACGCUGGCGAACCUUUACUUGCAGUGCCCAUCAGCAUGCGGCCCCCAAAGAAGAAAAAAGCAGUGAAGAAAGCUAAGAAGCAAACAGUCAGGAAGGUGAAAUCUGAGAAGCUAGGAGAAGUGCCGGCCCAAGAACCAGUGUGGGAACCGGUUGGUGGUGAUGAAACGAACGUAGAAACACAAAAUCAUGUAGAAGACCCUGCAAUGGGUGUUGGCAGUUCUGAGGGACUUGGGGAAUCUCAAGCUGCAACUGAGAAAGCUGGGGAACCCGAGAAAGUUGGGGAACCGGUGCCGCCGCAAGAUGUUAGUGUGGAACCAGAUCCUGUAGAUAUUCCUAGUCUACUGAAGCUUUUAGGCGUGAAGGAUGAAGAAAUGGACAUGACAUUCAGUGACAUGGGUGCUUGGGAAAAGUAGAACACCCCUUCAUGUCGUUAUGUUUAUUGGGUUUGGAGAGAACCCAAGUUUUUGUUGUAACACGGUGCUUUGUACUCGAAGUUUUAAUUUAAUGUAUGACCUGCAGCAAUGAGAUCUGA